UAAUAAUAAUUACCACGUCACCGAAUUAAAGACACAAUGCUCAGCUCCAAGGCCAGAUGACGUCUGGUAGAGAGAUGAGGGUGGUUCUUUGUGUUUGAUUUCUCGGUCGCUCCCGACACCCGAGUACGAGCGAGCGAGCAUGAAUUGCCGGAGCCUGGAGGAAUACUGGGCCUUCUACGUGAGCCAGCACUCGAAGCCGUCCACGCGGCGGUGGCACUUCGGCGGCACCCUUGCCGCCCUCCUCUGUCUCCUCCUCGCCGCCCUCCGCGGCAGCUGGCGCUUCCUUCUCCUCGCCCCGCUCCUCGGCUACGGCCCCGGCUGGUACAGCCACUUCUUCGUCGAGGGCAACCCGCCCGCCGCCUUCGACCGCCCGCUCUGGUCCUUUCUCUGCGACCUCAAGAUGUUCGCCCUCAUGCUCGCCGGGCGGAUGGACCGCGAGAUCAAGCGCCUCGGCAAGAGACCCCUCCUCUAGGUCUUCUGAUCCCCCAUCGGAUCACAUCACGAUCCUCCGCUUCUCUUCUCGUUGUUGACAUAAUAUGAGCGCCAUCUGAAUUGCUAUGGCCUAAACAGUAAUGCUGCUGAUCAUGAAUGUUGAGGGUUGACGUUUCGAGUCGAUCCGCUAUUGGUUCUCUGGUUCCUUCCUGUGGUCUGUACUUAAUAGUUGCAGAAUGCUGUAUGGUUAGUCGUGCAUCUUGUAUAGUUAGUAUGUUUAACGUUAUAGACCGUUUGCUCGAGAUUAUAUAUUAAAAAAGGGUACACUCGGUGCACGAGGCUCUCGCCAAUGCAGAGUCUGAGGAGGCUCAAGAUUAUACAUUCUGCAGUUCAAUUGUUGCUUUGCUACCCUUUGGAUAAUAUGUUAUAUCAAUUACAGUCUGUUCAAUUGUUUCUUUGCUACCCUUUGGAUAAUAUGUUAUAUCAAUUACAGUCUGUCUGGGAUUUUGAA